GGAGAAGUUGUGCGCUCAUUAAUGUCAAUUGCUGCAGCCUGCAGUAGACAGACUGACAGCUAGCUGUAUUCUUAUCUCUUAAAUUCUCUGCAAAAACCGACUUUCCAAUGCAUGCAGCCAUCAAUCUUCCUCCACAGUUCAAGAAACAUUGAGAGAUACCUUCUUAAUUUGUUCAAACCACCGCCAACUUCACCAGUAGAAUUGUAGAAACAUAGAGCUGUCUUUAAUGCCUACAAACCAAAUUAAUAAAGCUCUCCCAUUUAUGUCAUAGGUCAAACUCCAAACAAGUUGUGAGCCUUUUUUUUCUCUCCAUCUCAAAGCUCUCUUUUGAACUUCUUUGAUCAUCAAGAGUGCUUAAUUUUCAUAGAAAUGGCUUGUUUAGUUCGAUAUUUAUCAGUUCUCAGUGUAAUUUUCAUGUGCUUUUCGUCUGAGUUUGUCUUGUGCAAGGCCAAGGUUGAUAGUAUCUCAACUUUUGGGGUGCUUUUGGAGGUAAAGAAAUCAUUUGUGGAGGACCCAGAAGAAGUCUUGCAUGAUUGGUCUGAAAGCAACCCAAAUUUUUGUACUUGGAGAGGGGUUUCUUGUGGUUUAGACUCGGUUGAUGGCUCAGUUGAAGUGGUGAGUCUAAACCUUUCUGACUCGUCACUCGCCGGGUCAAUAUCACCCUCACUCGGUCGUUUGCAAAACCUGCUCCUCCUCAAUCUCUCUUCUAACCGCCUCUCGGGUCCCAUUCCACCUGACCUCUGCAACCUUUCUUCCCUCGAGUCUUUGCUUCUUUUCUCUAACCAACUCACUGGUCCAAUCCCAACUCAGCUCGGCUCACUCGCGAGUGUCCGAGUCAUGCGACUCGGAGACAAUGGACUCACCGGGCCGAUUCCCUCCUCAUUUGGCAAUCUUGUCAAUUUAGUCACUCUUGGCUUGGCCUCAUGCAGUCUCACCGGUCCAAUACCCCCAGAACUCGGACAACUCGGACAACUCGGCAGUUUGAUUCUCCAACAAAAUCAACUCGAGGGUCCGAUUCCAGCCGAGCUGGGGAACUGCUCGAGCCUCACAGUCUUCACCGCUGCUCUCAACAGUCUCAACGGAUCAAUCCCAGGGGAUUUGGGUCGGCUCAACAAUCUCCAAACUCUUAACCUGGCCAACAAUAGUCUCUCGGGUGAGAUACCGAGCGAACUCGGUGAACUGAGUCAACUCGUGUACAUGAAUUUCAUGGGGAACCAGCUCGAGGGUCCAAUUCCAACGUCUUUAGCUCAGUUGGGUAACCUUCAAAACCUCGAUUUGUCGAUGAACAAGCUCAGUGGAGGUGUUCCGGAGGAAUUAGGCAACAUGGGCCAGCUAGUUUUCUUGGUUUUGUCAAACAACACUCUGUCUGGUGUCAUUCCAAGAAACAUAUGUUCCAACACAACCAAUUUGCAGCACUUGAUGCUAGCCGAGACUCAAAUUUCCGGUGAAAUUCCGGCAGAAUUGAGCCAGUGUCAAUCUUUAAAACAACUUGAUUUGUCCAACAACACGCUCAAUGGGUCUAUACCGGUUGAACUAUACGGGCUUCUUGGGCUCACUGAUAUCUUGCUCCACAACAACAGCUUAGUGGGUUCAAUUUCUCCAUUCCUUGGGAACCUCAGUAAUCUGCAGACACUUGCAGUGUACCAUAACAACUUGCACGGCACUCUGCCUAAAGAGGUUGGUAUGCUCGGGAAGCUUGAAAUUUUGUAUCUUUAUGAGAACCAGUUAUCUGGGGAGAUCCCUUUGGAGAUUGGCAAUUGUUCGAGCUUGCAAAUGAUUGAUUUUUUCGGAAAUCAUUUCAGUGGGGAAAUUCCCAUUACUAUUGGAAGGCUAAAGCAGCUGAAUUUUCUUCAUCUGAGGCAGAAUGAACUUGUGGGUGAAAUUCCCGCCACGAUGGGUAACUGUCAUCAACUAACUAUUCUGGACUUGGCAGACAACAGUCUAUCUGGUGGCAUUCCUUUGACGUUUGGAUUCCUUAGAGCUUUGGAACAACUCAUGCUUUACAACAAUUCCCUCGAAGGUAAUCUCCCUGAUACUCUGAUUAAUUUGGCAAACCUUACUAGAGUGAAUCUGUCGAAAAACAGAUUGAAUGGUAGCAUUAGUGCAUUGUGUAGCUCACGUUCUUUUCUUUCGUUUGAUGUCACAAACAAUGCAUUUGACCAUGAGAUUCCUCCCCAACUGGGAGAUUCACCUUUUCUUGAGAGGCUAAGAUUAGGGAACAACCAAUUCACUGGGAAAAUCCCAUUGACUUUGGGAAACAUCCAUGAACUAUCAUUGUUGGAUCUCUCCAGCAAUUUACUCACUGGAGGAAUGCCAGCUGAGCUUUCAUUGUGCAAGAAACUUUCCCAUAUUGAUUUAAACAAUAACCUUCUUUCCGGACCGGUACCAUCAUGGCUCGGAAGUUUACCUCAGUUGGGAGAGCUGAAACUCUCAUCCAAUUUGUUUGUUGGGCCUCUUCCUGAAGAACUAUUCAAUUGUUCUAAGCUGAUAGUGCUUUCUCUGAAUGACAAUUCGCUUAAUGGAACUUUCCCUUCUGAAAUUGGAAACCUGUCAUCACUUAAUGUCCUCAACCUCAACAAAAACCAGUUUUCUGGAUCAAUCCCUCCUGCAAUAGGUAAGCUAGGCAAGCUGUAUGAGCUUCGGCUCUCAGGAAAUAGCCUUAAUGGUGAAAUUCCUACUGAGCUUGCUCAGCUCCAGAAUCUUCAAAUCGUACUAGACCUCAGUUACAACAAUCUCACCGGUCAAAUCCCGCCAUCAAUUACAACACUGUCGAAACUCAUAGAACUCGAUCUUUCUCACAAUCAACUCGAUGGAGAAGUACCUCCCCAAGUUGGGGAGAUGAGUAGCUUGGGAAAACUCAAUCUAUCUUAUAACAAUCUUCAAGGUAAAUUGGGCAAGCAGUUCUCACGGUGGCCAUCCGAGGUAUUUGAAGGAAAUCUACACCUUUGUGGAAGCUCUUUUGGUCGCUGCAAUGGCGGCGAAUCCGGCAACCAGCAGUCAGGCUUAAGUGAAGCAUCAGUAGUGGUCAUUUCUGCAAUAUCGACUCUAGCUGCAAUUUGUCUGCUGAUUCUUGGGGUUACUCUCAUUUUAAAACACAGAAGAGAAUUCAGAAAAGCCAGUGAAGUGAACUGUGCAUACUCAUCAAGCUCUUCCCAAGCACAGCGAAGACUACUCUUCCCAAAUGGUGCUGCAAUGCGAGAUCUAAAAUGGGAUGACAUUAUGGAAGCUACAAACCAUUUAAGCGAUGAGUUCAUAAUUGGCUCAGGAGGUUCUGGAAAGGUCUACAAAGCUGAAUUGGCGUCAGGAGAAACGGUGGCAGUCAAGAAGAUAUUGUGGAAAGAUGAUCUUCUACUGAAUAAGAGUUUCACAAGAGAGGUUAAGACGCUUGGGAGGAUAAGGCAUAGGCAUCUAGUGAAAUUGAUGGGUUACUGCAGCAACAGAAGGGAAGGUUUGAAUCUGUUGGUAUACGAUUACAUGGUGAAUGGUAGCGUAUGGGAUUGGCUGCAUGGACAACCGCUCAGUAACAAGAAGAACAGAAGCCUAGAUUGGGAAGCAAGGUUGAAGAUUGCAGUGGGAUUAGCUCAAGGAGUGGAGUAUCUCCACCAUGAUUGUGUACCAAAGAUCGUUCACAGGGACAUUAAAUCAAGCAAUGUGUUGCUAGAUUUGAAGAUGGAUGCACAUUUGGGGGAUUUUGGGCUCGCAAAAGUGCUCGCCGAGGAUUGUGAUUCUAACACGGAAUCAAAUACAUGGUUUGCUGGGUCCUAUGGCUACAUCGCACCAGAGUAUGCAUAUUCAUUGAAGGCAACAGAAAAGAGUGACGUUUACAGCAUGGGCAUUGUGCUAAUGGAGCUUGUUAGUGGAAAAAUGCCAACGGAUGCGACUUUCGGUGUGGAGAUGGACAUGGUGAGAUGGGUAGAGACGCACAUCGAAUUGCAAGGUUCCGACCGCGAGGAGUUGAUCGAUCCGGCAUUGAAACCGCUCUUACAGGGUGAAGAAUGUGCAGCCUUCCAAGUGCUUGAAAUAUCCCUCCAGUGCACAAAAACUACCCCGCAAGAAAGGCUGUCUUCCCGGCAAGCAUGCGAUCUCCUUGUACAUGUGUUUAACAAUAGGAUGGUGGACUUUGGAAAGACGGCGAAUAUGGAUCCUUAUGCUUAAUUUUGAGAAGAUUGAAGUACAAUAUCAGAAUAAACACGCAGCCUGUUGGAACAAGCUUUAAAUUAUUAUGUAGAUUUUUGCCAACUUCAAUCCUCGUGCAGUCUUUUAUGUACAACAGAUUAACCACUAGCAUCAGUUGAACAUUCAGACAUUUAUGUAACUCCUUUAUUGUGAGCAUUUUGGAGCCUCCUGUCCCGAGCAUGAAGGCUGUUCUUGCUAGAAAUCAUCUAAAGCAUUUAAAAA